AUGCCCGAAUACAAACAUACAGGUCCUGUCGCGUGUGACAUUGCUACCGACACCAGCAGAAUGAAGGACAAAACCGCCAUCGUCACCGGUGGCGCAAACGGCAUCGGCGAGGCAUACGUUCGCGCCCUUGUCUCCGCCGGAGUCAAGGUGGUCGUUGGAGAUCUCGACUCGGCCAACGGCCAGAAACUUGAGUCCGAACUAUCAGGACUAAAGUUCGUCCCAUGCGACACCACGAACUGGGACGAUCAAGUCCGACUUUUCAAGGCGGCUGCGGCGUUUUCUCCUACGGGUAAGGUCUCAUACGUGGUCGCGAACGCGGGCAUCAUCCGCCCGGACGAGGUAUUCACCCAGGACACAAGUGACGAGCCCAAGGAGCCGAACCUGAAGACAAUCGACGUGAACAUCAAGGGCACGCUUUUCUCGGCCAAGCUCGCAGCCCACUACUUCAUGAAACAGAACGGGACAACGCCGUCCUCAGACCAGGAGGACACCUGUCUGGUGUUGAUCGGGUCGGGCGCCGCGUUCCUGGAUUGUCUUCGCAUUCCGCAAUACAGUGCGACGAAAUGGGCGAUGAGAGGCAUAAUGCAUGCGUUGCGAAGGACGGCAUUCUACUACAGCAGUCGGGUGAACGUCAUUAUGCCAUGGUAUGUGAAGACUGACAUCCUGAGUCAAAAGGAUUGGGAUGCCGUGUCGGCUGUGGGCGUCGAGUUUGCGCAGGUCGAAGACGCGGGAAAAUGUCUCUUGCGGAUCUUGUCCGACCCCGAAGUCAACGGACAUUCUUUCUUCCUUGCGGCGAGAAAGUGGGCAGCUUGUGGAUUUAUGGACUUGGAUCUGGAUGACUACAAGGAUCCCCUGCUGCAGGAGAUUCAAGAGGAUCAGAUCAAGGCCAGCCCUGUCUCAGCAGGGUUGUUUGCUUAA